AUGCUCCAGAUGCAACCAGCAUUCCUCUUCCAUUGUGGUGCCAUCCCCACCUCCCCCACUAACAACAAGAUUCUGGGGUUCAUUUUGGAUUUAGGGACCUGCUUUCCAAUGGACAUUGUUACUCAUGAAAGAGAGAAAGCUGGACACAACUACCAAAAACGAGAUGACCUGCUGGUUGGUGUGCCUAAGGAAGCCACAGUUCUUGGGACCAUCCAGAUACUAUGUGCCCUGACGAUUGCAAGCUUGGGGGGCAUUUUGGUGUCAGCUUCCUACUCUUCCUAUUUCAACCCAGCAGCCUUCACCACUUUGAUGACUGGGUACCCAUUUGUUGGAUUCCUGUGUUUUGCCGUUACUGGAUCUCUCUCGAUAAUCUCUGGGAAAAUCUCAGUCAAACCUUUUGCACUGAGCAACUUGGCCUCCAAUACAGCAAGCUCUGCAGUUGCUACAAUUGGCUUCCUCCUCCUCACCCAUAGCCUUAUAGACAUGGGGACUGCCUCUCUGCACUGUAAUUCAGAAAAGGAAUUUCUGUCUUUAUUGCCUUAUUCGGAAUCCCACCAUUGGAUGAAUGAAGACAAGAGCUGUCUCCUUGCUUAUGUCAGUGCCAUGAGUGGGCUGGCGGUGAUGCUCGUCUUCACUGUGCUGGAGCUUUUGCUAGCUGCAUACAGUUCUGUCUUUUGGUGGAAGCAAGUUUACUCCAACAAGCCUGGGGUAAUGGUAUUUUUCAUGCCUGAGUCACAAGAUCAUACCCAAGUUGUCAAAAGCAGUUUGUUGAGGCCAUGGAUAUGA